AUGUCUGGUUCUCGUAAAGAGUUUGAUGUGAAGCAGAUUUUAAAAAUCAGAUGGAGAUGGUUUGGCCAUCAGGCAUCAUCUCCUAAUUCUACCGUUGACAGCCAGCAGGGAGAUUUCUGGAAUCGGGGACAAACUGGAACAAAUGGUGAUAGAAAGUUUUUAGAUCCAUGUAGCCUACAGUUACCAUUGGCUUCAAUUGGUUACCGAAGGUCCAGCCAACUAGAUUUUCAGAAUUCACCUUCUUGGCCAAUGGCAUCUACCUCUGAAGUCCCUGCAUUUGAGUUUACAGCUGAAGAUUGUGAAGGUGCACAUUGGCUUGAUAGACCAGAAGUAGAUGAUGGAACUAGUGAAGAAGAAAAUGAAUCUGACACCAGUUCAUGCAGGACCUCUAAUAGCAGUCAGACAUUGUCAUCUUGCCAUAAUAUGGAGCCGUGUUCAUCAGAUGAGUUCUUCCAUGCCCUUAACCAUGCUGAACAAACAUUUAAAAAGAUGGAAAACUACUUGAGACACAAACAAUUAUGUGAUGUGAUUUUAGUUGCUGGUGAUCGAAGGAUUCCAGCUCACAGAUUGGUACUCUCUGCUGUCUCUGAUUAUUUUGCUGCCAUGUUUACUAAUGAUGUAAGAGAAGCAAGACAAGAAGAAAUCAAAAUGGAAGGUGUAGAGCCAAAUUCACUUUGGGCUUUGGUUCAGUAUGCAUAUACAGGUCGUCUUGAAUUAAAGGAGGAUAAUAUUGAGUGCCUGUUAUCUACAGCUUGCCUUCUUCAGCUCUCUCAGGUUGUAGAAGCAUGUUGCAAGUUCUUAAUGAAACAACUUCAUCCAUCCAACUGCCUUGGAAUUCGUUCUUUUGCUGAUGCACAGGGUUGUACAGAUUUGCACAAAGUGGCUCACAAUUAUACUAUGGAGCAUUUCAUGGAAGUAAUUAGAAACCAAGAAUUUGUCUUAUUACCAGCUAGUGAAAUUUCAAAGCUCUUGGCAAGUGAUGAUAUGAAUAUUCCUAAUGAAGAAACAAUACUAAAUGCUCUACUUACAUGGGUCCGUCAUGAUUUAGAGCAGAGACGUAAAGAUCUCAGUAAACUUUUGGCUUACAUUAGGCUCCCUCUUCUUGCUCCACAGUUCCUUGCUGACAUGGAAAAUAAUGUACUCUUUCGGGAUGAUAUUGAAUGUCAAAAGCUUAUUAUGGAAGCAAUGAAAUACCAUUUGUUGCCAGAGAGACGACCCAUGUUACAAAGUCCUCGCACAAAACCUAGAAAGUCAACUGUUGGCACAUUAUUUGCAGUUGGAGGAAUGGAUUCAACUAAAGGAGCAACAAGCAUUGAAAAAUAUGAUCUCCGAACAAACAUGUGGACUCCAGUAGCUAAUAUGAAUGGACGGAGAUUACAGUUUGGUGUUGCAGUUUUGGAUGACAAGUUGUAUGUUGUUGGUGGUAGAGAUGGACUGAAGACUUUGAACACUGUGGAGUGUUACAAUCCCAAAACUAAAACAUGGAGUGUUAUGCCACCCAUGUCCACACAUCGGCAUGGCCUUGGUGUGGCUGUAUUGGAAGGUCCUAUGUAUGCUAUAGGUGGGCAUGAUGGUUGGAGCUACCUUAAUACAGUGGAGAGGUGGGACCCUCAGGCUCGACAGUGGAAUUUUGUUGCUAGUAUGUCCACACCCAGGAGCACAGUUGGUGUAGCAGUAUUAAGUGGAAAACUGUAUGCAGUUGGGGGUCGUGAUGGAAGUUCUUGUCUCAAAUCUGUAGAAUGCUUUGAUCCACAUACUAACAAAUGGACACUUUGUGCACAAAUGUCAAAAAGAAGAGGUGGAGUAGGAGUAACUACCUGGAAUGGAUUAUUGUAUGCUAUUGGAGGACAUGAUGCACCAGCAUCCAACUUGACUUCCAGACUAUCAGAUUGUGUCGAAAGAUAUGAUCCUAAAACUGAUAUGUGGACUGCAGUUGCGUCUAUGAGCAUUAGCAGGGAUGCAGUUGGAGUAUGUUUACUUGGUGAUAAGUUGUAUGCAGUUGGAGGAUAUGAUGGUCAAGCUUACCUUAACACAGUAGAGGCCUAUGAUCCUCAAACAAAUGAGUGGACACAGGUUGCACCAUUGUGCUUAGGAAGAGCUGGGGCAUGUGUCGUCACUGUAAAACUUUAA